CAGAUGUCUAAGGAUUGAACUUCACCCUUGUCCUAGAAAAGUGUUUUUGUUGGAUUGUGCCACAUUCUUGGGAUCAUUUUAUUUGGUGAAAUUACAUCGUUUACGGCGUAGCGUAGUUUGAAUAGAAUUCAGUGAUCAAAUCUGUUCCGUUAGUUGACUAUAUCGGUGCUGCUUUGUGUCGUGAAAAGUCAAGAACUAUUAUAACCAAAACUUUUUCUCAAUUUUUGACCACGAUAUAAGGAUUUUCUGGCAUUCAAAAUGCAAUUGAAGGAAAAUCUACAUCCAACCACCGGGAAUCGUUAGGCUAGGCCAGACAAGCAUAUUGGAAACAUACUUGCUUCUGUUUUAGUUUGUGUUUCAUAUUUGCAUUAAUAUGGCAAAAAGUGUUUCCCAUGAAAAUGAUGGACAGAAUAAUCAUCUCAGAACUUCCCUGCCGGUUCCUAUGUUCUCUCGCAGUGACUUCAACAUCUGGUCCGUGCUGAAGAAUUGCAUCGGGAAGGAGCUAAGCAAAAUCACCAUGCCGGUCGUCUUCAACGAGCCGCUGAGCUUCCUCCAGCGAAUGACCGAGUACAUGGAGUACGCCAAAUUGCUGCGAAUAGCAUCGGAGCAGUCGGAUCCUGUCGAACGACUGAAGUAUGUGUCGGCAUUCGCCGUAUCCGCUCUGGCAUCCAACUGGGAACGGCUCGGGAAGCCCUUCAACCCACUGCUGGGAGAAACGUAUGAACUGACGAGGCCUGAGUUUCGAAUCAUCUGCGAACAGGUAUCGCAUCACCCACCGAUUUCGGCAUUCCACGCCGAUUCAGAUGGUUUUUCAUUCCACGGUUCGAUUCAUCCCAAGCUCAAAUUCUGGGGCAAAAGUGUGGAGAUUCAACCGAAAGGAACCGUGACCGUUGAGUUUCCGAAGCUUGGUGAAGCUUACUCGUGGUGCAACGUGAAUUGUUGUGUGCACAACAUCAUCGUUGGUAAACUGUGGAUCGAACAGUAUGGAGUUAUGGACGUGGUCAGCCACAAGAACGGUAUGAAAGCGACGCUCAACUUCAAGACGGCCGGAGUGGGAAAUAAGGAUUUGCACAGAGUGGAGGGCUACAUAUCGGAUCGGAAUAAAAGAAAGACACACUUUCUGUACGGCAAGUGGACGGAGUUUAUCAAAUGUACUGAUUAUACUUCGUACGAAGAGUAUUGCAAAGAGAACGGUUACAAAUUCAAACGAGCGGAUGAACGGAGCAAAAGUCCGAAUGAAUCACCGGGAACUACUCCUCGGAAGGUGCUAUCUAAGCUUAAUAGUCUCAAAAUGAGUUCGUUCAAGAGCUUGUCCAUAUCGGAGCCUGACGAUCCACCGGAACCGGCCGAGGGUGACAUCCCGAAAAGUGAUUCCACCUACUCGAUCGAUAUACCGAACUCGGUAGCCCUGUGGGAGGCAGAAGCCCGUCCCGGCAAUACGGCAGAGUACUACCAGUUCACAAAUUUUGCCAUGUCGCUAAACCAAAUGGAGGAUCACAUGAGGCCGCCACGGGCUCUGUGUCCGACGGAUUCGCGGCUCCGGCCCGAUAUUCGAAAACUGGAGCAAGGUGACAUGGAUGGUGCGGCUGCGGAGAAGACGAGAUUGGAGGAGAAGCAGCGCGAGAACCGGAAGAAGAGUAAAAAGGGGGACGAUGGAGGGCUUUUUCCAAGAUGGUUUAAGCACACAAUCAACCCACAUACCAAACAGGAAGAUUGGAUAUAUCAAGGAGGCUACUGGGAACGAACGGAUGACUCACAGGAGCUGGACAUAUUUUGAACGCCGUAGAUCGCGUAACUAGUGGCCACAUCCGCGCAGCUGAAUCCUUCUAUCAUAAACCUACAUGUACUUGCAUUUUUCCAGUUACCAAUGAAUCUCAUAUAGAAACUAAUUGUCGAAAGAGGCUGAUCUUACGCCAGACCGCUACGAAAACGAAGUUCACGGUCAUGUGUCAUGUUUUAACUACAUUUGCGGGAGCUCGCUCUGAAAGCUACAUUCACAUUUCACAACAAAACAAAUUAGGGACGGUGAAGUAACUUCUUAAUUUUUUAAGGAGAUAUCACAAUCGGUUGCAUGGAAUAGAGAAAGGAGAUCAAAUAACCAACUACACGUACAUUCAAAAUGUACAUAAACACAUACAGAACUAACAUUUGGAGUGAGUGCCAACGGGGCUAGGAAACCAAAACAACUUAGAUAUCGUCUAUCUACUCCCACUAUUGGAAACAGUUUGUAUCCGAGUUGUAGCGAAAACCAAAUUUAAACCUAAGUAAGUGUUUUUAGAUUGACCAAGACGCUGUUUGUUAAUACAGGUUAAAUCGGCUCUGAAGAAUAAAUAUAUAACAUAUAACAAUAAAUGUAUCUUUAUCAGAGGGGCAGUGCGAGCUAGGGGUCCACAAUGUAGAAAUGUGGGAUCCCUAACAGGUGCGAACCAAAGAAGGAGUUUUCAAUUUUCCGAAGGAGCGAAUCUACAAUUCCAGCCAGCAAGGCAAUAAAGGGAAACCGGGAAGCUACCAAACCAAAUUCGACAAUAUCAGUUUAAGCAUUGUUUAGGCGAAGCAUGUAUUUUGAAACGACACUAGAAAUAAACGAGAUCAGAACUACAUAUAAAUAACCUAUAGGUUGAUAGGAGUUAAUAGGAACGAACAUUUGGAAGAGAAGUUAAGGCAUAAAGAAAAAAAAAGUUUUCUUUUCAUAAUAUAAAUAAUUGCACCCUAGUAAAAAAAAACUUCAUAAUUCAUCUGAUACAGUGGUCUACCUAAGAUAUAGUUUUCUGUAUCUAUCAGAAAAUGUGUUCGCAAUCUCAGUGAGAAACUUGGCAUCCAUUGUAUUCGGGCGUUUUCAUUCCAAUUAUACAAAAGCAAACUUUUCGAACAGUUUCUGCACAACAAAGAUAAGGUUGGGAAAACUCCAAUGUCCCUGAUUUUAGUACCAAUCUUUUUUUUAAUCUUGUGUUUAUUUGGAAGGCUCAUUUGGCGUUACGGAUAUUUUGUUUUUUUGCACAAUUCAUUUUAGAUUUUUUUAUUCUUCCUAACAACUAGAGUAAAGGCUGCCCCAGAUCUAAGCGAUUUCAUCGCCGUGACGGCGACAACUAGUCGCCGCGAUUCUAUCGUUGGGUAGCUGCAGGCAAUGUUAUAUUUACGCUUCCAUACCAACGGCGACAGAAUCGCUGUCGCCAAGCGAUAGAAUCGCGUUGUGACUGUCGCGUCGCGUGUGUUUGGGGGAACCUUAAGUUUGGGUACACGUGGGUGACUGGAGGUUAGGGAUCACAAAUACACAAUAGGAAAGGGAAGGAAUGGAAGACAUACAAAAAAGACGGGAAACAACGAAAAGAAGAGUUUUUUUUCAACUUGUAUACAAGUGCGAUUUUCAUGUUUUUGUUAUGAUUCGAGGAGGUUUUUGCUUCUCUUUUAUCGUUGUUCGUUAUCUUUCGAGAGCGAUUUCUGCAAACCCUGGCCAUAACUCUUUUUCGAAUUUUAGAUUUAAGACUGUCGUGAACGAUUUUUUCAGUGUACAUAAUUUUUUUGACGUAGAACUACGUUUGUCUUUUCUAUAUUAGGGUACACUUUACGAUUGCAAAAAAUUGAAAAUCGUCACGAAAAUAUGAUAGACUUUUUAGCUUCAUAAACUUCAUAAAAGCCAACAUUUAGAAUAAAUCUCCACUUUUUCACCGUUUAAUAGACGGAAUGUAAAAUGGCAAAUGUGUGGCUUUAAUUAAAAAAAAUACAAAUAAACAGAGAAAACCGUGAAGUUGCGUUUGUUUUGACUAGAGGUGCGUACACGUUCAGAGAGAUGGGUCGAACAAAAAACAAAUGAACAAAUAGAGAAAAUGACUUCGUCAUGACAUGAUCUGCUGGUACUCGCAUAUCAGCAUUGAAUAGCAUUCAAUUUUAUCAUACUUCCACAUAACAUGAUAAAAAAUGAGACAUUGUUCCGGAGAAGUGUGAAAAAAAAAUACCAAACCUACCUUGUCCUAUAUUGGAUGUACCAACAUACCAGUUCCAUUAUAAAUUUACAUAAACACUUUUUUUUUCCACGAUAUAAAUCAUUUUAUGUUAACUCAUCCAAUGAUGGACUAUGCAAAACUUUAUCACAAUCGCAAAAUGUUUGAAUUUAUUAGAUUUUUUACAUGAGACACGCGGUUCGAAACUUCAUCGGCUAUUGUCUCAGUAUGCGAAAAACCACUGAUAUGAAACUGAUAUGAAAGUACCGGCAGUGGUAUUUGCAUUAAAUUUUAUUAAAAAACAAUUUAAUUAAAUUUCCGCAGAUCAGUUUGGACAUCAAGUUCCGAACAAAAUCCUCACAUGAUUUAAAGGUGAAAUUUUCCAGAAUCUAAAUAAAUUUCACCUCGAAUUUUCAGAGGCACCAAUCUAACCAAAGAAGCAACCGAUGACUGUCAUCUUUCUAUUUUGACUUUGCUGAGAGCGACGCAGCAACCAUAGAUUAAAGAGAUGACAGUUGCUUUUUGCUUCAGUAUUGAUAGUGGUGCCCUUGAAAACGCGAGGUGAAUAAACAUUGGAUUCCAAAAGUUCGUCCUUAAGAAUUCUCUACGAUUUGCAAAAAAAAAUCAAUUUUUUGGGUUUAUUAGCCCAAAUAAUCUUGACGGAUCUAUAGGGCACUGCACGGAAAGAUCUCUUCCUCUUUCGUUCUUCAUAUAUUUUGACAUUUACCGGCCUUGUUGUUUUCUAAUUUCUUUGCAGUGAGAAAGAGACAACGCAGUCCGUGCAGUGCGCUAUAGAAAUUUUUCCAUUUAAGGCCAUUCCUCACGGAAUCCAUGUUUCAAAGUGCUCGCGUUUUCGGGGCACACCACUCGAUACGGAAGCACGCACAACUGUCAUUUUUAUUUUUUCACGCAUGCUGCGACGCAGCAAAGCUAAAUUAACAAAAAUGACAAUUGUGCGCCGCCUCCGUAUCGAGUGGUGUGCCCCCGAAAACGCGAGCACUUUGAAACUUGGAUUCCGUGAGGAGUGACCUUAAAAUAAUGAAUUAUUCACGAGAAAAAGGAGAUAUCGAGGAAUAGAAGGGGAAUUGAAAUGGGUACUAGAUCGAAGAAAGCUCGUUGAUAAAUGAAAAAUGAUAAUAAAACAAAUGUCAUUUCUUGUUUUUGAUGUGUUUGUUAUUGUCCCAAGGUUGUCUAUUGGUGGCAACUCCGACGAUGCACUACUCGCGAUAGAUGGGCGGUCGAUACACGAUGCAAUCCCUCUGUUUGGUGGUUGCCCAAUGUUGGUAGAAUCAAGCAACUCCUGCGUAACCCUCUGCUCCGAUAUCAACUGCGCAGAGAUAAUGAGACCAUUCUUCACAUCGUGGACUGCAGGCCCUUCCUCUUCUUCUUCUUAUUAUUAUUGGCAUUACAUCCCCACACUGGGACAGAGCCGCCUCGCAGCUUAGUGUUCAUUAAGCACUUCCACAGUUUUUAACUGCGAGGUUUCUAAGCCAGGUUACCAUUUUUGCAUUCGUAUAUGAUGAGGCUAACACGAUGAUACUUUUAAGCCCAGGGAAGUCGAGACAAUUUCCAAUCCGAAAAUUGUCUAGACCGGCACCGGGAAUCGAACCCAGCCACCCUCAGCAUGGUCUUGCUUUGUAGCCGCGCGUCUUACCUCAUGGCUAAGGAGGGCCCCAUAAUCCGUUAUUUUGUCUUUGCAUCCUAUUGCCGGAGAGUUUCCUAUUGAAAGUUAACCGGAUCGGACUAUGGGAUCGGAAGUUAUGGACAAAAUACAAUUUUUAACUUGUACGAGAAAGGCACCAUCACCGCUAGGUGGAUUAAUCAGGGUUUUUUUAUUUGAAUAGUUUUGAGUCGAGUUUUAUUUUUUUUUUAAUUUUUCUCGACUAUACUGAGGGUAACCGCUUCUUGUGUAAAUGAGAACUGUUCGAUAAGUGAAUUUUCUAAAAUAGACUAAAAGUGGCAUAAUCCUGAAAAUUUUGAACGCCAUAACGUCUAUUGUUGAACACUCCGUACAUUUUUUAAUCGUAUCAUUGAACAACUUCCCCUAAUAUAUCCUUUGUUUUUAGUCAGUCGAACAACUGAUACCGUAAUCAAUAAACACAUGAGCCAAUGAAAACAUUACUCAAUCCACUUACCUUGCAUCUUUCAUAAAAGAUAGGCGCUGCUAUUAAUUCAUUACUCACUUUUGUACAAAGUUCUUCCAACAUUUGACAUACCAUGAGCUCGAACACUGAAACAAAUGGAAAGCUGCUGAUCGUUAUGAUUUUCUGUCAAUUAUGGCUGCCACACAUACACAUUAACAAGGUAUUUGAUCUACUGAAGGAAGAACUAAAAGUAUGCUAGACAAAUUUUAAACAAACAAUAAAAUGCUCAAUUGAGUCAUUGCAAUUUUGCGCUAUACACUACAGACGACGGAAAAUUAGGAAAAGAAAAACGAAAUCAAUGUGCUUUUUAACAUCUUGAGAAAGACGUACAUUAAACUGUGUUUAGAGAUUUUCUAUUGGCUAGAAUUGGAAUUUUGUUUUGGGUGAAAAAAAAAACCUAACUGGACAAAUCAGUAGCGCGUAUUGUUCGUAGUAUUGAAAAGAGAUAAAAUUAAUUGUUGAAGAAAUAGUAAUAAUAUACAAACUAAAGGAACUCACACAAUUGGAGUUAUUAUACUAUAUUAUCAAAUGUAUAAAAACAAACAAAAAUGCAACUAUGUAUGCAAUAGAUGUGAAAUAAACAGAUGGAAAUAA